GGUACAGCUCGUAUACCUGCAUUCUCAAUGGAUGGGGAGUACAUUAUUGGUGGUGUUUUUUCCAUCCACUACAAGGAGCUGACAAAGACUGAUAACUACACUACUGUGCCUGAGCCGCCCACCUGCACAGGGAGUAUCAACAGUCGUGAACUGCGCUUCAGUCGUGCAGUGAUGUUUGCAAUUGAGGAAAUCAACAACAACACGGAGCUGCUGCCUGGGAUUACACUCGGCUAUGAGAUAUAUGACUCAUGUGCCUCUGUGCCCGUGGCAAUGCAUGUGGCAUUUCAACUGUCAAACGGGCAGGACCCUGUGUUUCAGUUAGGCGAUAAUUGUUCUCAAUUCGGUGUAGUGAUGGGUGUUAUUGGUGAAUCUGGAUCCACACCAUCUAUCAGCAUGUCUCGCAUCUUUGGACCCUUCAACAUUCCACUGGUGAGCCAUUUUGCCACUUGUGCAUGCCUGUCAGAUAAGCAGCAGUACCCGACUUUCUUCAGAACAAUUCCCAGUGACCAUUACCAAGCUGAUGCAAUGGCCAAACUAGUGAAACACUUUGGUUGGACUUGGAUAGGAGCAGUCCACUCUGACUCAGAUUAUGGAAGAAAUGGUAUGGCAUCUUUUCUUGAAGCAGCAAGCCGAGAGGGGAUCUGUGUAGAGUACAUUGAAUCUUUCUUUCGAACUGACCCACACAAGAUACGAAUUGUAGCUGAUGCUAUCCGCAGGUCAACAUCAAUCGUUGUAGUGGCAUUUACAGCCGCUGGUGAUAUGAAAUUCCUGUUAGCGGAGCUAAACCUACAUCUUCCUCCACCUCGUCAGUGGAUUGGAAGUGAGGGCUGGGUAACAGACACUCAGUUAAUGAGGUACAGCUUCUGUGCAGGGGCAAUCGGAGUUGCCAUACAACAAUCCGUCAUCCCUGGCUUUAGAGACUUCCUUCUGGAUCUCUCUCCCUCUGAAGUGGGUGCCUCCUCAGUCCUUACUGAAUUCUGGGAGGAUGCAUUCAACUGCAGCUUGACAAAAAGUGAGACAGCAACCUCAGCAGAAAAGAAGCAAUGUGAUGGAACUGAAGACUUAAAGACACUCAAGAUCCCGUAUACUGACACGUCUAAGUUCAGAAUUACUAACAUGGUGUACAAGGCUGUUUAUGCUAUUGCACACGCUAUUCACAAUGCAGUGUAUCAGGAAACUAAUUUCACAACUUUCUGUAAACAACAAAUAAGGUUAGACUUAAAUCAGGUUUUUACUGAGCUAAAGAAAGUCAACUUUACCCAAAAUGAUUACCAUGUGUCAUUUGAUGCUAAUGGAGACCCUGUGGCUACUUAUGAGAUUGUCAACUGGCAGAAGAGUGAGAGUGGCAUUAUUGAGCUGGUCACAGUGGGGUACUAUGAUGCAUCACUGCCAAAGGGCCAGGAGUUUCGUAUUAACAGGAACUUGACCUGGGUGGAUGGAGAAACGCAAGUACCAGUGUCUGUUUGCUCUGAGAGUUGUCCUCCAGGAACUCGUAAAGUGUUACAGAAAGGAAAACCCAUCUGCUGCUAUGAUUGUACACAUUGUCCUGAAGGAGAGAUCAGUAAUAUGACAGAUUCACCUGAUUGUUUCCCAUGUCCCAGAGAAUUCUGGCCUAAUGCAGGAAAAGAUGCUUGUUUCCUGAAACCUUUGGAGUUUAUUUCCUUUGAUGAAUUGCUGGGAAUCAUUUUGGCUGCAUUAUCAGUUACUGGAGCCUGCCUGUCUAUCAUUACAGCAGUGGUUUUCUUUCAUCACAGGACAACUCCAAUUGUCAGAGCAAACAACUCUGAGCUGAGCUUUCUGCUGCUCUUCUCUCUGACUCUUUGUUUCUUAUGUGCAUUAACAUUCAUCGGAGCACCAUCUGAGUGGUCCUGCAUGCUGCGGCACACAACGUUUGGCAUCACCUUUGUCCUUUGUAUCUCCUGUGUUCUUGGGAAAACUAUAGUGGUUUUAAUGGCCUUUAAAGCUACACUUCCUGGUAACAAUAGGAUGAAAUGGUUUGGUCCACCACAGCAAAGAAUGACUGUAGUGUCUGUAACCUUUAUUCAAGUUUUGAUAUGUACUGUGUGGUUGGUUCUAAAUCCUCCAUUCCCAGUAAAAAAUUUAACCACCUACAAGGAGAAGAUCAUCCUGGAAUGCAUGUUAGGCUCUGCUGUUGGCUUCUGGGCUGUCCUCGGCUACAUUGGCCUGCUGGCUGUUUUUUGUUUUUUAUUAGCUGUUCUAGCACGAAACCUACCUGAUAAUUUUAAUGAAGCCAAACUGAUAACCUUUAGCAUGCUGAUUUUUUGUGCAGUCUGGAUCACCUUCAUCCCAGCAUACAUCAGCUCUCCUGGAAAAUUUACCGUGGCAGUGGAGAUAUUUGCCAUUCUGGCCUCAAGCUUUGGACUGAUAUUGUGUAUAUUUGCUCCAAAGUGUUUCAUUAUUUUGUUUCAGCCACAAAAAAACACCAAAAAACAUUUAAUGAACAAAUAUUGACUGAACAUUAUCAUAAAUUAAGAUAACUUGAUGCAAGAUGCAAAAUAUCUAAAGCUGAUCACUUCUUUGUAGUCAACAAAGCUCUUUUGUCAUUUUAAAUAUAAAAUAUCUAUACUAAUUAUUAAUGCACCCUUGUUUUAUUUGUUUGUAAUUUUAUUAAUGAUAUUUUAACUCAUUUGUGACUUAAUGGAACAUUGCCUGUAUAGCUGUUUAAAUAACAAAUAAAAUGG